ACAGUCUUGACAUUGAGAACAGGCGUUUUGAUUUGAACCAGAAAAUGUCUGUUUCAGAGCUCAGAUUGCGUGACAUGCAAGAGGAAAGGCAGAGACGACAAGACGAACAUACCGAAAAAUUGGCAGCUGUCACUGCCCGUCGGGAAGAACAGGAGACCCAGCGAAUUUCGAAGCUUAAGACACGACAAGAGCGAAAACAGCAACGGCAAUCGCGAUUCCAGGAAGAAUGCAGAAAAAGAAAAAUCGAAUACAAAGAGUCACAACGCUCUAAAGAAAAAGGUCAUGAACUACGAAUGGCUGUUUUAAAUGCAGAGAAGGAACAAAAACUGGUGGCUCUUCGUGAGAAAAUCGAGGCGAAGGUAUUUUGGCUGAUUCAAGCUUAGGAAAAUGAGCGAAAGUCUCGACACACGAACUUAGUCCGCACAAACAGGGCUAAUCAACUUUCUAGUAUUCAAAGUGAGUCCAAAGUAUACAAACCGUGUUGGAGAAUGUGCACUGUAUGCAACACUGUGGUAUGAUGUGUCAUUCUGUAAGCAGAUCUCUUCGGAAGUGUAUUUGCUUGACCAUUUGGACGAGAAACACAGUGAUGUUAUUGACCGGGCAGAGAUUAUCGGUGACGCCGAUGAAAAAAGUAUUCAAGAAUUGUUGGUAGACGAUGCUGUGAAAACACACAAAGAUCUUAUUGAAAAUAAAUAUUCCGACCUUCUACAAAACUAUA